UUUUAGUUUCGCUCAAGAGUCCAUUGUAUUCUCCUACAGUCCAGAAAAUCGCAAUCCCCCUACCUCUUUUCUACUGUUCUAGAGACUUCUCUUUGCUAUUUCUUUCCUGUUUCUCUUCUCUUGCUUUCCCCAGCAAUGGCGUCUGAUCUGGAGACCAAAGCCAAAGAAGCCUUCUUCGAUGACCACUUCCAACUUGCGCUCGAUCUCUACUCGCAAGCCAUCGAACUUAACCCUAAGAGCGCCGAACUCUACGCUGACCGCGCUCAAGCCAACAUUAAAAUCAACAAUCUCACUGAGGCUGUGGCGGACGCCAACAAAGCAAUUGAGUUGGACCCUUCCAUGUCUAAAGCUUACUUGCGUAAAGCUACUGCGUGCAUGAAACUUGAGGAGUAUCAAACUGCUAAGGCUGCAUUGGAGACUGGCGCUGCUUUGGCACCGGGAGAGUCAAGAUUUUCCCAGUUGAUCAAAGAAUGUCAAGAACGCAUCGCAGAGGAAACUGGUGAUUUACCAAAGCAGACUCUGGAAGGGGUGACAACAAAUGUUGUACCUACAACAAAAGUUGAACCAGAGAAGAACCUGCCCAAUCUGGUGACUGUGGCAGCACCAUCCAAACCAACUUACAGGCAUGAAUUUUACCAAAAACCAGAGGAAGUGGUUGUGACAAUAUUUGCUAAGGGAAUACCACGUGAAUGUGUUUCUGUACAAUAUGGUGAACAAAUACUAAGUGUUGCCAUUGAUGCUCCUGGUAAAGAUGCAAUUCAUUUUCAACCUCGCUUAUUUGGAAAGAUAAUACCUGACAAGUGCAGAUAUGAUGUUUUGUCAACCAAAAUUGAGAUUCGGCUGGCAAAAGCUGAACCAAUUCAGUGGACAUCUCUUGAAUUCAGCGAGGAAGUUGCUGUUCCACAAAGGGUUAAUGUAUCUUCUGUUACUGGAAAUCAAAAACCAGUGUACCCAUCCUCCAAACCAAAAAGGGUUGAUUGGGAUAAACUUGAAGCUCAAGUAAAGAAGGAGGAGAAAGAUGAAAAGCUGGAUGGUGAUGCUGCUUUGAAUAAAUUUUUCCGAGAGAUUUAUCAGGAUGCUGAUGAGGACACAAGAAGGGCCAUGCAAAAAUCUUUUGUGGAGUCAAACGGGACAGUGCUUUCCACAAACUGGAAAGAAGUUGGUGCAAAGAAAGUGGAAGGAAGUCCUCCUGAUGGUAUGGAAAUGAAGAAGUGGGAAUACUGAGCUCUAUGUUCCCAAUGGCGAGUUUGUAACUUAAGACUGCGGUUUUGGUCUGUGAAUGUUGUGUUCGUUUCUCCAAUCUAAUUUUAUUAGAUGUUUCGCUGUGCUUGAAUGUCUAGUGCUGGUGGAUGGAUCUCUUGACUUUGUACCUUUUGUUUUUUAGGCCUUGUUUUCGGGUCUGUGUAGUUAUUUUUGUUUUCAAGUAUGCAAUGAAGAAUGUGACGGUUCAAUUUUUUUCUUUUUACA